CACGAUUUUUACAGCCAUGCUCUAGUGUCUGUUGUGGAACUUUCUGUAACAUGUGUUUGGUUUUCUUCCAUAGGAUCGAAGGAGGCAGUAGCUCAAUGGCUUCUGAUUUGGGAAAUGCCUCAGUUUUGGAUCCCAUAUCUGUGCCUACUUUGGACAUUCAGGCUCCAUUGAAAAAGGCUAACAAGAAGGGAGGGCUUCCAGAGGCCAAGCGGAAAGGACGUGCAAAAAAGAUGAACAAAGAUGCCGAGGAUUUGCCUUUGGUCCUGCAGAAACUGGAUCUUACUUCAGAAUGUGCUGCUCCCUUAGGAACUGGACUGAUUUGUGAUAAUCGAAUGACGGAAUUUUGCUGCCCAUGGGAUGAAAGUUUCCCAGAGUGCCCAGAACGACUGGUGACCAUUCGGGACAAAUUGCUUCAGUAUGAACUGUUGGAACGUUGUGUCCCAGUGAUGGGCCGAGAAAUUUCUGAGGAGGAGAUUCUCUUGGCUCACAGUCAAGAAUACUUGGCCAGCAUGAAAUUGACUGAAACAAUGAGCGAGACUGAGUUAAGGUCUCUGGCAGAUACCUUUGAUUCUGUUUACCUGCAUCCAGCCUCCUGGACACCAUGCUCACCGCAGCAAGAUGAAUGGCUACUGCAUGUUCAACAACGUAGGCAUUGCAGCACAAUAUGCCCGACAGAAAUUGGGGGUGGAGCGGGUGCUUAUCGUUGACUGGGAUGUGCACCAUGGGCAAGGCCUUCAAUACCUCUUUGAGGACAAUCCCAGCGUCCUUUAUUUCUCCAUCCAUCGCUACGAAGGAGGGAAUUUCUGGCCCCACCUUCCAGAAUCUGACAGUCACGCAGUGGGCAGAGGUCGGGGAGAGGGAUACAACAUCAACGUGCCCUGGAACCAGGUAGGGAAGAGUAGGGAACUCUUCCCAGGUGGUAGGGACAUGUUCCAGCCCCAGAUGGUCCUGGUUGCUGCGGGUUUCGAUGCUGUAAUUGGUGACCCUAAGGGGGAGAUGGCUGCCACUCCAGCGUGCUUUGCUCACUUGACACACCUGUUAAAGUCACUGGCUGGAGGCAAGCUGGUUUUAUCUCUGGAGGGUGGGUAUAAUCUCCAGUCUUUGGCCGAGGGAACCUGCAUGGUCCUUAAGACUCUUCUAGGAGAUCCCUGUCCGCGGAUGGAAUCACCUUUCCUCCCAUGUAGCAGUGCUCUCAGUUCAGUGUCUCAGACCAUUGCAAUUCAUAGCAAGUACUGGAAGCACCUACGGAGGAUCAGUGCUGAUGUGCCCCAGGAGGAUGGCAAGCUCAGCGUAGCUUGGCCACCAGCCAGCCCUCUCUCUGUAGCCGAUCCCCUCUCCGGCUCAGUGGCUGAACUGAUACAGUCUCAGCCCCCUUCUUGCACUGGGCUAGUCUAUGAUGAGAAAAUGAUGGAGCAUUACAAUAUGUGGGACAGGCAACAUCCAGAGUUGCCUCAGAGAGUAUCCAGGAUCUUCCAGCGCCACAGGGAGCUGCAUCUGACAGAAAGGUGCUGCCGGCUCCCAGCCCGUCUUGCCUCUGAAGAAGAGCUACGAAUGUGCCACAGCCCGGCUUAUGUGGAGACAUUGAAGUCCACAGCCACCAUGAAACCCCGUGACCUGCAUCGCCAGGGUGACCAGUACAAUUCUGUCUACAUCUGUGCCAGCUCCUAUGAGUGUGCCCGGCUGGCGGCUGGGUCUGCAUUCAGUGCAGUAGAGGCUGUGCUGUCUGGGAAGACUCAUAAUGCUGUGGCCAUUGUCCGCCCGCCUGGACACCAUGCGGAAUCAGAUGCUGCCUGUGGCUUCUGCUUCUUCAAUUCAGUGGCUUUGGCAGCACGCUAUGCCCAGCGCUUGGUCCAGAGGCGGUUGAGGGUUAUGAUACUAGACUGGGAUGUUCACCAUGGCAAUGGAACACAGCACAUAUUUGAAGAUGAUCCCAGGUACUGUCUAUCAUUUUUCAACCCGGAGCUGGUCCUGGUGUCGGCAGGUUUUGAUGCUGCUCGAGGGGACCCAUUGGGGGGGUGUCUCGUGACCCCAGAAUGCUACGCCCACAUGACCCACCUCCUCUUGGGUCUGGCAGGAGGGAAAGUAGCCGUUGUGCUAGAG